AUGCCGGCAUCUGUUCACCCCCAAUUGGAUGGGCUCGUAACAGACACUGGGGCCCUGGAGAGGAUGGUGCCAGAAGCGGAGCAAACACAGGACGUCCAAGUGCCGGUGUGUUUCAGGAGGAUUUCCCGAGAGGAGGCCAAAACCUUUCCUCACACCAAGCAAGUUGGGGCUUACCUGGUGGGGAGGAUGAUCAACAAGGGCUCCUUUGCCAAGGUCAUGGAGGGACUUCACCUCCCCACCGGUGAAAAGGUGGCUAUUAAGGUCAUCUACAAGAGAAAAGCCCAAGAAGAUGCCUACAUUUUACAAAACAUGAGGCGGGAGCCCUGGAUCCAGCAGAUGAUUAAGCACCCAAAUAUCGUUCAGCUGUACGAGACACUGGAGACAGAGAACUCCUACUACAUGGUGAUGGAGCUGUGCCUUGGGGGUGAUCUCAUGGACCGAAUCUACCACAAACAGAAACUGGACGAGGAGGAAGUCAGGAAAUUCACCAGGCAGAUCGUGUCUGCAGUCGAGCACUUGCAUCGGCAUGGAAUCGUGCACAGGGACUUGAAAAUAGAAAAUUUUCUUCUAGAUGAAAACAGCAAUAUCAAAAUUGUUGACUUUGGAUUGAGUAACGUUUUGAAGUUGGAGGGUCUUUCUCAGGAACUGUUAAACACACAGUGCGGAAGUCCUGCCUAUGCUGCGCCCGAGUUGUUGGUUCAUAAGAAAUACGGUCCCAAGGUGGAUGUCUGGUCCAUAGGUGUGAGUGUGUUCGCGAUGCUCACUGGCACCUUGCCCUUCACGGUGGACCCAUUCAACAUCAAGCAACUUCACCAGAAGAUGAUUAAUGGUGAAGUCAAUUCUGUGCCACCAGGCAUCUCUUCAGGCGCUGUGCAUUUUAUGCAUUCUUUACUGGAGCCCGAUCCAGGAAAACGGCCCACUAUUAAAGAAGCAAUGAAAGACAAAUGGCUGAAUGAAGGAUUUAACAGGAAACCACUGAGUUCUAUUACAUAUAAAAACAGAUUCCAUCCUGAAGAUCUGAACCCUGUGGUUUUGAAUUAUAUGGCAGAUACCAUGGAACUUGGCCGUACUGAAAUUAUCAGUGUCCUGAUAAGCAAUAGACCAUCUUCGAUUAUGGCUUCCUAUAGCCUGCUGCUGAAGAAGUUGGCAAAACAUCACAAGGAACAAAAAUCCAUGAAGAUAGAAAAAAGCCACAGGAGCUGCCUGAAGGAAAUAACACAUUCAACAUAUAAGGAGGUCAAACAUGUAGAAGUGCUCUGCAUACAGAAGGUUCUCAAUGAAUAUUACUGGGGAAAAAUUGAAUUUUAUGGCUACAGUGUCAAGAAAACAGGGUUCCUGCCAAAAAAGCUUCCUGCCCAGGUGUUUAACCAAUUAGCUCUUAAGAGGUCUGGCACAGCGUGUAAAAUCCUGGGAGACUCUCUGAUGGCCCUGCCUAAAAACACUUAUGACAACUCAAAUUCCCAAACGAUCUGGUGGUUUUAG